GGUCAGAGCUGAACUCUGCAGUCAAAAUGGCGGCGCCCUUCAGGACAAUAAUGUGUCGUUCAGUGUUGAGACUCUCCAGCAGAAAGUUCAGCGCGACAUGUGGAGUACAAGGUGGAGAGAAAUGGAGAAUACAACAUGGGCUUGCCAGAAUCGGGACAGAAUAUGGACCUCUGACAGAUCUACCUGACUGGUCAUUUGCAGAUGGACGCCCAGCUCCUCCAAUGAAAAACCAACUGAGGAGACGUGAGGAGAGAGAAGCUUUAUCUAGGCGCAUCGUGAUGCUGUCCACGGAGAUGGACAAAGGAAUAGAGAUGUGGAAGGAGAAGCUGGAGGAGGCCAAGCGAGCAGAGGAGCACAAAAAGUCGUUUUUACUCAAACCUAAAGGGAAAUUAUUAAUGAAGAAGAAAUCCAAGAGUUAGGAGCAAAUGAUACACGUUCCUGUUGCUGUAGCUGCUACUUCCUGUUUGAGGUGGAGGUGGAGCUUAAACAGGUCAUCAGUUCAUCACAGGACACAGAUUUUCAUUAAAAUCACAUGUAUUUGUCCAAUCCUUUGACUUUUCUAUCUGCUGUCUUAAAAUAAACAUUUCUGUUUUAUAACAACUUAUGUUUGUGCUUUAGUAGCUGUUUAAAAACAACAAAAUAAACUAGACACGCCCCUAUGAA